AUGCCUGUACACGGACAAGUUAAAAUUCGAACAUCUGCUGAACAAAAAGCUGCACGAGAACGUGAACGAGCUGAAAAACUUCAAUUAUAUUUAACAGAAUAUGAAAGUAUAUUAAAUAAUCGUCAAUUAACAGAUUUAUUUGCACUUUUAAAACAAACAGAAAAUACACUGAUUAAUCAUCCAGAUUGUUUUACACUUUGGAAUAUUCGACGUGAAGUCAUUCUUAAAUUAGAUAAUGAUAAACAAAAAGAAUAUUUACAAAAAGAAUUACAAAUUACACAAUUAUGUCUUAAAUCAAAUGUUAAAUCAUAUUCAUGUUGGAAUCAAAGACAAUGGUGUUUAAAACAAUUAAAAGAAAAUUUUGAUUUAAAUCUUUAUCAAAAUGAAUUACAAUUAUGUCAAAAGUUUUUAGAAAUUGAUGAACGAAAUUUUCAUUGUUGGGCAUAUCGUUAUUAUCUUCUUGAACAUCUUUGUCCUUCAUCAUCAUCGGAUAUCGAAACAUUUUAUGAUAAUGAAUUAACAUUUCUUCGUUCAACAAUUGGUAAUAAUUUAUCAAAUUAUUCUGCAUGGCAUUAUCGUUCGAAAUAUCUUGAUAAACUUCUUGAUCAUAAUCCAAUUCGUCGUUCGAAUCUUUUAUUAAAAGAAUGGGAACUUGUAUUAAAUGCUGUUUAUACCGAUUGUUCUGAUCAAGCGGCUUGGUUUUAUCUUCGUUGGUUAUUAUUUAAACAAUUAGGUGUUGAAUCAAUAACUGAAACUGAACAUAUAAAACCAUUAGAAGAACUUGAUGAAAUUGAAUCCGAAAAUAAAUGGUGUAUGUUAGCGUUAUGUCAAUUAUGGAAAGAAAAAAAGAUUAACGAUGACAAAAGAAGAAAUUAUCUAGAAAGAUUAGCAAAUCAUAUCGAUACAGAUCGUGCAGCAUUUUAUCGUGAUCAAAUUUAA